CCUCACUUCUCUGAAGACGAGAGGGAGGAAAAAAGCUUGUUUCCGAUUUGGUCUCACGCGAACCCGGCUGAAGGUUUACAUACGAUGGUGCCGGUCCAAGCGCAGGGAAGCAACUCCGCGCGCGAUAUGUUGAUCGCAGAUGACGGUGAGGACAGCUUUAGCUCUGCAUCUGAGGGCUACACACGGGAAGACAUCGAGGAUCCAAUAGUGAUGAGUCAAGAGAAGACGACGUUUGAUGAAUAUGGAAGGCAGGGGCUGUUGUCAACUAAGGUUAUCAGCGGUCAGUCCUUAAGGCAGCCUAGCGGGACAUCAGGUACGUCGUUGUCCCAUUCGUUCACACAGAGUUCGGACGACGAUGUAAGCCCGACGCCCGACGAGGGAAGCGACUACCAGCAGAUCAAGAGCGCGGUCCGAUACGCCAUGCCUCCAAAAAAGCGGGCGCGCUUACUAGACGAAACAAUCCUGCAGUCGGUGGGCUCCGGUCGCCCAGCUUCGGCUCGGAGUGGAGGGAAGGUGGAUUUUCAGACCAGCCCGCAAAGGUCCCCACUUACGGCGAGUGCGAUUGCACUAGUGCCGUUUGUCGGACGAAGCGGAGGCAAGAAGAGUAA